AAGACACUUACGGGAAAAAUGGGUUUUCUAUGCUCAUAGACGAGGGAGGAGUUAUGAUAGAUAUGUUUGGAGCAGUCUUCGCAGCACCUGCUGUAGGGGAAAAAGGAUAUCUCGAUGUCAAAGUAGAAAUUACUACGCCAGGAGGGCACUCCAGCAUACCGCCGCCAAAUCAGCAUACGGGAAUUGGUUUGCUUUCGGAAAUCAUCGUUCUCCUCGAAAAUAAUACGAUACCGCCACGUCUAUCAAGAUCCCAACCAAUAUAUUCCUCUCUCCAUUGCUUAGCAGAACAUGGUCCAGAUGUUCCUUCGGUUCUUAGAAGGGCUAUACAAAAGUCGUGGGAUUCGAAUAGAGCGCUGCAUCGAGUGGAAGAGAUCAUAUUCCGAGACAAUACCAUCAAGAGUACUGUAUGUCAAAUGUAUCCAUCUAUUCAAGCUCCAUCAAGGCCUGACACUUUGGUAAGUUGGGCUAUUGUAAAUACGCGUAUUGCCACAGAUUCCUCCCUAGUAGCUGUCAAGUCACACUACCGAACACUUUUGAAGGAUUUCGCCGUCACUCACAAUAUCACUUUCAUCGCCUUUGGCGACACUGUUGUUGAUAAGGGAUCCAUACCAAAAAUCGAGAUCUCAGAUGCUUGGGGGAAUGGACUGGAACCGGCGCCAGUGACACCUGUAAAUGCAGCACCGUACCGGUUGCUCGCCGGUAGUAUUCUAGCCACCGAAGAAGCUCGAGGUAAUGGUACAUUGGCAUCAAAGCCUGUCUACGUCAUGCCUUCUGUCAUGUCAGGUAAGGGACUCCUACAGGAUCCGUUCAUCUCUAACACGAGUAUGAUAGGGAAUACGGACACACGCCGAUACUGGAACUUGACACCCCAUAUAUUCCGCUAUUCUCAUCUAAGGGCAGAAGAUUUCCUAGGUAUACACACCGUAGAUGAGCAUAUUCGUGCCAGUGGAAUAGUUGGGAGCGUGCGGUUCUUUGCAAACCUCUUGCUGAAUGCAGAUGAAGCAACUGAUCUUUGA